AUGAUGUAUGUUGCCGGUGGCGAUUUCGUCGGCCCUAUGCUCCGCGUCUGCACCAGGACUUGGACCCGCGACAGCCACGACUUGUUCGACUACGAAACUCAAGACCCCAAGCAACUGACUGAGCGUCAUUUUGCUACAUCACAUGGAUUCCGUUUAUUACGUUCUGAAUCCAAUGUGUCACCGGUAACUACGCUACCUUUUCCUGCUGAAGGUCUCAGUGGCGAGCGUGACCAUCUUUUAAGUGUAGUUUCUCGCCGUCCUGGUGAGUACACAUUGACCCCUGCGGAGCGUUUGCCUGGUCAUUCUCUUGUUCCACAGCGUCUUUGGCUUGUGGUUCGAGCAUUACCGAACAAACGUUACGCGUUGCAGGAGCAUGACAUCAUCAAAUUGGGUCGUUACCGUCUGCGUGUGAAGAAGAUCGUUUCGAAAGAUGAUUUGGCAGGUUUUGAUGUGACUACUCUUUUGGACUACGAGGUACCAGAAUUGGAGACUCCAGAGAUUGAAGGUGCACCUAUUCAGUGUCGUAUUUGUCUCUCCGAGGGAACAAGUGAUGAUAUUCUCUUGUGCCCUUGUGAGUGCAAAGGCUCCAUCAAAUACGUACACGCUGAAUGUAUGCGUCGUUGGAUUCACUUGCGUUCGUUAAAAGACAGCAAGGAAUCUGAUCAACCUCUGAAAGCUGCAUUAUUGUGUGAGUCUACGUGUGAGUUAUGCAAGGCCCGUUUACCACCAUUUGUCCGAAUGAACGGUGAAUUGGUCCCGCUCAUAAUGAUGCCGGAUAUGUCUCAUCCUUUUAUCUUACUGGAUAAUGUAACGCCUCAAGCAAAUAAAGGUUUGCAUUUUAUCAGCGUUCAGGAUUCUGAUUUCGUGCGUCUUGGUCGUGGUCACGAUGCAUCUGUGCGCAUAGCCGACGUUUCUAUAUCUCGUAAUCAUGCUACUAUCUUUUAUGAGAACGGUACAUUUUAUUUGGAAGACCAUGACUCUAAAUUCGGGACAUUGGUUGCAUUGCGUCGUCCAUUACCUAUCAGCCCUACUGAGACCAUGGCUGUUCAGGUUGGUCGUAGUUUGAUCGAGCUUGCAGUUGAUCCUACAUUGCCCUUUGUACCAGGUUGUGUUGACAUUCCACCUGUAACUGGGCGUUUCAGCUUCUGCAAUGACGUGGAUUCUCAGAUUGUUUUUACUGAGUCUACCACACCUGUUAGGUCUACAUUGCGCAACAUGAUCGACGACUCGAUUGGCACCAGUGCUGACGGUUACACCCAACGCUCAGUUGUUCAUUUUGAAACCGUGAGUCCCAUUAGUGUGGAAGUUGGUGAAUCUGGACAUACUUCGGUUCGUUCUGGCAUGCCGGUUUACUUUUCUGACAGCAGUCCUAGUGUCUCAUCUGGUGAUGUUGCUACAUUCCAUAAUGUUAUAGGUCGCGGAUCAUUCUAUGGCCAUCAACAUUCGGAUUGUUUUUACGGUGAGGAUGUGACUCCACAUAUGUUGUGUUGCCAACGUGGCGAGGAGCCUUGCGCGGGGUCUACUACUGACGGUGUUGCAUAUUUGCGUCUUAUUUUGAAUAACCCGUCAAGAACUCAUAUUCUGAAUAACUUGCGUUUUCAGAGUCGGGUUCACUCCCCUAAUCGCAUUUUCCCGCAAUUGGAAGCACACUGUUUCCCUUCUCAGGGACAACAGCAUGGUUUCGGUACCCCUUCAUCUUUUGAUAGUGCUAGCAGUAAUGCGUGUUUUUUACCAGACAGUGCUUUUGCGAAUCUUGACGGUUCGCAUGAGCUCUCUCCCGGCGACGUUGCUUCCAACGGUUUGGAUGGCAGUCACGUUAGCGCAGCGCCGCUUGCGGAGAACAUCCAUGGCAUGAUGCAAUGGAUGCCUAUGGGUCCAGGCUCUGGGCCUUCUCUUCAGCCGCCAAAAUAG